AACAUUAUUGCAAUUUCAAGGCUGAUUUCACAUUGAACUAUCUUUAUGGGACAUAGCAUGUGUGGAUAAUUUAUAAGUUUAAACAAGACUUUUGGACUCUGUGUUUCCCCCAAGUUGAAUUCACGGAAAGCCGAGACAUAGAGCAAUAUGAAGCACUGUCAUCGGCGUAAGAUCGCUCAAAGAUGCUUAUCAAACAACCUCAAUAAGAUUGAUCAGUGGUGUGAUGCCUCACAUCUGAGCUUAGAAAAAAGUUUUGAUCCACGUUCCGCUGGCGCAUGUGUAUGAUUGUAUAUAUCAUACGGGAGCGCCAAUGAAAGCCCACUUUGAAGCAUUUGGGGACGUUUUAUAUAGCAGCCUAUCUGAAUUUAUCAUACUAUUGGUAUCGAUGAUGAAUAUUAUUGGUAAUUAGUUUGAAGUAGUUACUGGUGAUAUUGAUAGGAAUAAACUACUGGUUUAGUGUUUGUGUUCCGAGACUCGUUGAUAUAAAGAAUUACUUCUCUGUGAAUAUCGGCCUCAAGGGCCACUUGUGAUGCUUGAGGGUGUUGACGUGGGGAUAUACCGUCGCCAUGAGUAGCUCUAAGUGGACUAGGAGUAGGGAUGGGAGGACUGCUGCUGGAUGUCCCGAACUGGUCGGCCUUCGAUACCUGGACCCGAAGCAGAAGGGGAUCACGCUAGACAAACAAGGAUGGAUGAGUGGUAACCUAUCCCCAAGGGGCUCCACAUCGGUUAGCGAGAAUGACAAUAGAAUGAAGAAUAACAGACGUACAAGUAAUGCUCAACAACAGAGUCAGAACGUGAACCAAAAUACGCCUCCUCCUUCUCCCGCAGGCUCUUCAGACCGAUCAAAAGCCUGCUGUUUCUGUUGGUGCUGCUGCUGCAGUUGUUCUUGGCCUACUGAUACCUCUAAAGCAAGAUUCAUGGCAGAGCGGAUGACUCGUACAGCCGGGAACUCUGAUGCCCCGGGUCCAUUACUAGCUGGGGACCGACACACUUUAACUGUGAAGAAUAGAGAAGAAAGUAAUUCAAGUAAAAAUAAAGAUACAAAAUUAGACAAUUUAUCAGAAAAGGAAGAACCUCCAUCAUUAGAAGAACUUAAAUGUUGGUCAGAAUCAUUCGAUAGGUUAAUGAGUACCAUGGCGGGUAGGAAAUGUUUUCGGGAGUUUCUACGAUUGGAAUACAGUGAAGAAAAUAUGUUGUUUUGGAUGGCGUGUGAGGAACUCAAAUCAGAACACAAUGCAGAAGCCGUAGAAGAGAAGGCUAGGUUAAUAUACGAAGACUACAUCUCAAUACUAUCGCCAAAGGAGGUAAGCUUAGACUCUAGGGUGAGGGAAAUAAUCAAUCGAAAUAUGGUCGACCCCACUCCACAGACAUUCAACGAAGCACAACUCCAGAUCUACACGCUCAUGCAUAGAGAUUCCUAUCCUAGGUUUUUAAAUUCACAAGUAUACAAAAAACUAUUACAACAAGGCGCUAAAGACACUAGCUGAACAGAUAGUAAAGCUUAGCGUAAUGACUUUAGCCGACUUCUUGUUCUGUUUUGUGGUGAGAAAAAGAUCUACCAACGGGAAUGGUACGCAUGCGCAUGCGAGCCAAUCGGUCAGGACUAAGGACAGGACGUCAGAGUUCAAAACUAACCAAUCACUGCCGGUUUUCACAUUAUACUCAUUUUCAUUGGAUACUUUACAUUACGGCAUAAUCAUGCUGGUGUACUGGUUGGUCACUUUGGUUUAUACGCCACACAUCACGUGGUUAAGUUGGCCUGUCGGAUUUGAGCUGACGAAAUUGGACCGUUGGCUAUCAGUGUUGGCUAUAAAAUGGAUAUUAGAAAGCCUCUGCAUGACAAAGUAUUCUUUGAGGGAGAUCUCUUUUUUAUCAUACGAUGUACUUGAUUCAAUCCACAUUCAUUGGCUUAACUUGAACAUGACAUCAUUGAAUACAUCAUAUCAUUCAUUUUGGAUUUUUCGCGCAGACCCAAACGCUCCGGAGACGCGUGGGAUAGGGGAACCCACGGCGACCAGCAAUAAGGCCUACCAAUUACUCAAACGCAAGCCAGAACAGAUAUACUAUGUAUAUCACUGUAAAAAAUAUCAUAAAUGCGCCAUACACGUGGUUAAGUUACCAGGCUCAGUCUCUCCUCAGCUGUUUCGUGAGCAGAUCAUCAGACACACCCGUCUCCGGAAACGGUCCAUGGAAUCUGAUUUCGAAUGCUUGCAAACAAUUUCAAUGCGCGUGCGCGUGAAAGUACCAUCUUCCUGUUCCGGAGUAGAUGAUUGCAUGAGUAUGAAAAUUCUUCCAUAUUCACAUGAUUUGUUUGCACCUGUACAUGACUUAAUCAAAAUAUGGACUCGGCGCUAGGAAGCUGCCAGCCCGUAGGAUGCCGGUCAGCAAGUAUAUUUUGAAGACAUUUUAUUCAGUGGAUAUAUCAUCAUUCAGCCAUGGCAUUGUUCACAUGUUCUAUUGCAUUUGAAAGAGUGUACAUUUUGAUUAACAGAAGUCAUAAGGUACUGUUGUGGAUCUAUUUUCUAUACCACGAGUAAGUCACAUGACUGCAUUCGCUGUAUAAAUACGCCAUAGAACUCACUGUAUGUAAAUAUUAUGAUCUUAUAUUGUGAGUGUCCUCUGUUGAGCAUUUCGGUAUGACAUGAAUAGCCUUUAGAUUUACUGUUAACACUCACGACUAGAUGAUUUUAUCGAAGAAAAGCUCAUUCGCCUAAUCAAUGUACUGAGUGCAACUGUCGGAUUAAAAGACUUGAAGCACUAUGCAACAUAAUAUCUCCCGGAUUGGAAGCGUGAAAUUUGAAAACGAUUCGAAAAUCUCGAAUUCGAAAUGAAGGAACUCUCGUCUGCUUCGUUUGUUAUUGAUCUUCAUUCAGUGGAGAAAGUAAAAAGUGUACGAGCAAAGUUGGCGGAGUAACAAAUGCAUCUUGUGAUACGUGGAUGAAAAACUUUCAUUAAAAUGUAUUGGGAUGUUGAUAGUUAUGUUUACAAGUGAAGUUGAUGGUUUUGCUUCGAGUGGAGCUAAGGGGACCAAGGUUUACAAUCCACCGACGAGAUACGAGAAAGCGCUACGAUGUUCUUGUGUUGAAAUGUGUACAAUGUAGAUUGUCUUCACUGUGAUUAAAAUGUUUAGAAAAAUUUCAGUCAUGACAUAAAACAACACGAGUAAAACUUGUUCAGCCAUUAUGAACCGACAAACCCGUCCGUGCCUACAAGUCUAUCUAAUGUAAGCUGGGACACAUUCAUGCACUCUUAUCCAAUCAUUGAUGCCUUCAAGCAUCGGACGCUCAGGAUUAAGUGCGCACUGGGGCGAGCCGCCUUCAUUCCAGAACUGGAAGCCACUCUAGAAAUGUUUUCAAGGAAAAUCCAUCGGCUGUGCGAUGGUUCAGGAAGUGAAAAUUCUAUUAAUAAAACGAGAACGUGUGUGAACGCAUGGCAUCAGCAUCAUCAUCAGUUAGGCUUCAUGGUCAAGAUUUAGACCUUUGCCAUUAACCAAAAAAAUGAUGCGAUGCAUUACGUAGAAGAGAGUAUAGCACGGGGUCCAUCUUCGUGGAUUAUGAGGUAUAUAAAACCGUGACGAUUUCGACCGGGUGACUGCCUUUUGAUGUCGCGGAGCAUUUCGGCUGUACAUUUCAGGAUUUGAGGUGUGGUUGUCCGACGACCAUGGAUUACAAUUCUGAGGAUUAAACAAGUAAAAUAAACAAAAUUCCGGAAAUGAAAAUGAUGCCAAAGAUCGGGAAUGUGCAAUAGAUGAUACUUAUAAACAUAGUGGGAUAUUUUGUACUCGUGUUUUUAAUGAUUACUCUCAAAGGUUCAGGUUUAGACUUAAAAGAAUCAAAGUCAUGUUGAUGGGAUUUAAGACGAAAUUUAUUGCUGUAUUGUAGCCGUUCGGAUUGAAAGUUUGGCGUACCCAGUUUGUAGCAUUUCUGCGUUUGAACUUGGAAAAAAGAAGGCGCGAAUCUUUGGCAAUAUAAUAAGUCUGCUUCAAGGCAGGCGAUCGUGCAUAAUAUCUUAAAGACAAUGCUAGACUUCGUCCAGUUUGGUGACGGGAUUUUCAAACGUGUUACUCGUUGGUGGGUUGUAUCCAGAAUUACAACCCCUGGGCAUGGCCAGGCAGGCGGCACUCCGUACAGCAGAAGUGAUAUGAUGCGACUGUACGUGCCACAGUCAUUUGAUUAAUAGCUACAAUUUAACAGGGUUUUCUGAACAUUCUCAACAAAUUUCACUGAUUAUUUGUCGACCUGUAUGUAGAUAUGAACACAAAUGACGAGUGUCUAGUAUAAAUUGUUCUGGUUAUCAAUGGUAUAUAGUAAGUGCUUAGACCUCAAGAAAGCUAGUUUUCAACUGUAGGCUAAACUGUUAUGGACACUACUGUUUAAUGGUCUCACAUGAAACAUUUCUUAAUGUAGUAAUGUUUGAAUUUUUUUUUACAAAUUGACGAAAGGUUAGAUGUAGGAAUUUGUGUUUUUCCGUCUGUGUAUUGAGGCCUGGCGUGGUCCCGGUGUAGCAAUGUUGCCCCAAUUACGUUACACGAAAGAAGAACCAGGGAGUCGAUAUUUGUCAUCUAUGACGACUUCGAACACGCAUCGCCAUCCAGCCAUUCAUGCACUUUCGUAUUGCUAUACCUAUUUAUAGCCUCUUUCAGAAGUAAAUGUCUAAGCCUUUUUUGGAGAUUUUAAACUUUGGCUGGAGUGACAUGCAGGGAUAUAGAAACUUGACAAACCUCGGAUAUCUGCUCUCCAGCGUUCCCCAAACAGUGAGGAUGGCAACACACAGAAACAGAAACACUCGAAGUCCAAAACACCGGUGUGACAUAAACCAGUGUUUCCAUUCUCUUGUGUUCCCCUCAUUGUUUGCUUAACAGAGGAAAACAGACCAACACACAACACGUUUUUCUGUCACGUGUCCUCGGUAUCAAUAUGUUCAGUGUAUGGCUUCUUCGAUCUAUCGUUGAGGAAAGCUUAUGAAUUGGAUGAAAAGUAGCAAAUAUUACAACACCUCGAAGGGAUGAUCAAGAUUGAAUGAGUAAUUAUAGGAAUACUUAAAGACCAAGACCGAAAAACGAAAAUACCGAAUAAAGAAUAAUUGUCAACAUAGUCGUUGAUACGUUUAUGAGGUUACGAUGUAAGGUAAUGUAACUAGAGUCAGCCUUUUUUUACCGUGUGAUUUUGGUGUACAUUUCAACUUUAUUUCCAACGUUAGAUUUGAGUGGUUCGCGUAUGUUUUUAGAGGGGUGGCGAUAGAUUAAGAUUGGGAAGUCCGGCGCUUUCUUUUUAAGAAUUGGUAACGAAUUUGGUCAAAUUCGGGCUGUAGAUGCUGAAAGCUUGGUUAUCACCUGGAACCUUCUCCUGAUGCAGUCUGAUUUCUUCCACACAAACUGAAAAAUGUCUGCUUACAUUGUGACGAACUUAGUGGUAGGCCCUUGUGUGUUAAUCGCCAUUUUUACCCUGCAGAUUAUAUUGCAAAAGGCCUGUGGUUUUCGAAAGAAAUGAGCGUCACUGUACAUUCAAUCAAUACACGUGAAAGGUCAUGUUCAUUGAUCGAAAACAGUAUUUACGAUGAAAUUGGCCCUUUAAAAUCCUCUUUGUUGCGUUUGAAGCAGGACCGUUGUCGUCAGUUAAAUUAUACAAUGAUGGCGAUAUUCAACUUUGGUCUUGCUGUAAAAUAAUCAUGAAAUUUUGUUUUAUCUGAAAUCAGUUCUCGCUGAAACAUUGCGUUGCGUGACCAAAGAUUGGUAACGUAGUGGUGACAAAGCCAGCAGUGACAACAUGUAUAAAUUCGCGGACGAAAAUGGCAACAUCAUGUCUGGUCUAAGGCAACCCGUGUUGAUGUUUUGACUUAUCGUGCGAUUUCUUUCAACUUUUAAAUGUUUACCCGAGUUUCAAACAUAUCCAGUUCGAGUGUGAUAGAUAAUAAGGACGUUUUAGUAGAUUUUAUCAGGGAAACUAGUUAUAUUUUGGCUGUUAUCUCACGUUAUUGACUCGCAUUGAGGAGCCUAGCUCCUGGAUGACUUUCUGUUACAUGUUCGUCCGUUGUCGCGUCGAUUUGCGUUGGCGCUUUCGCCGUUGCCUGUCUGUUGUUAUUGGUGCCUCUGCCUGCUGCUCUAAAGUUCGGAAUCCACUGCGGCGAUUUGUGCUUAAGCAAGGCGUUUUGAUAGGUGAAGUUAUUUGCGGUUGUCUUUAUUCUACAGACCUCUUACACCACUUCAAACGAGGUGUAUCAUGUCGUUCGAAGCAUACCAGCAAAUGAUAAUGCGGCUCAACAAUAAAGAAUGUAGCCGCUGUCGGUCGAACGAUACUGAGUGACAACCGUAUGUACCGGAAGUGAUCAAAUGGCAUCAGUGGAUUCCCGGCUGAAGGGUCUACUCAUUAAGGAUACAGAAUAGCCCCUUGCUGAUACCAGUUGAUAUGAAUAGGGCACUGAUCCUUACCUUAACUGACUUCUUAAACAGCUCAUUCUCCGAAACACGAUUGUAAUGACGUUGAUUAUUCAACUGAAGAUAAUCUGGUAUAGAUAUAUCGCUCAACCAUUUCUUUUGUUUCGGACUACUAGUUAUAGCCUGAUUCAUGUCAAGCAGUUCGAGGGAUGACACCACCUGAAGAUCCCUUUGCCAGUCAGCUGACCCAGUCAUUAAGUUUCAAUCUAGUGAACAGUCUCUAUAUCUGUUUUCCUUCGUUACACCAUUAGCCGGAAGCUUCACGGCGAGGCAGUCCAUCCUAUACCCGCUAUUCGUGCUACAGUGAUAGAAGCUCCUCUGUCACUAGCGACACAGCCGUCGCUGAGCUUUCCACAAAUUGUUACAGGCCGAGUUAAACGAUGGCAUUACUGAGGAGGGCAGCACACGCUGCGACCGUUGAUAAGCAUUUUUCAAUUCGAUCGGAGACGACAUACUCCAUUCAAGAGAAAAUGGCGGUACUUGAAUACUUUCAAUGAAAAACAAUUGCAGCAUCAAUGGUGACACAGAAGGCCCAGCCCAAGUGCGUAACGCCAAACUGUAGAAGGGUUAGGUGGGUUUAUCGUGGUGAAACAAGAUCAGAGUGACAUUACUUGGUGAUCGGUCAGCGAACCUUUCAUAUAGCUUUGUUGACGAAGUAGUCAUCUCUUGGCUACCUGAACACACUACUGAAAUAUGAAGAAGGUUUCCUUGAAAUAGUGCUAAAGCCAGCUGGUUUCGUGUAAGUAUCGUUCUCUUUCCAAUGAUUCUCAGCGCCUAUGACUUAAUAAUUCCACGGCGCACGCCAAGUUAUAACCAUAUCAGUAUAAAUAUCACCACACGAGCAAGGGUGACAAGAGAUCUUGUCAAUAUAGUGACUGUUGUCUAAGUCUUUGUGAUACCUUUGACAAUCAAACACCUGGAACCAACAUUGUUUUUGGACAGAUUCAUUCGAACUGGUGGCUUGCUGUAUAGAGAUGAUAUAGAUAUCAUGACUUGACCAGUAUCUGGCGUCCUUGUGUUAGGCUCAGAAUGCCAUCCGUUCUUAGGAUUAUCUUCCAUAAUCGGCAUAGGUUCUGAAUAUCUUCCGAUCAAUGUAACGCUUGCAGUUAUGCAACAUACCGGCAAAAGAUGUGUUUCUCUUAGUUGUGUGUGCUUGUUCGUUCUGCAAAGCCAUGUUGAACAAGACCGUACUCUUGAAAAAUAAAGUUUGUUUAGCUUUUGAAAAGCCUUUAAAAUGUUUUUUAGCAAACACAAAUGUGCAGCCCAUCAGAGGUUUCCACGAAAUAAAGUCUGAAAACCCCUUCGCUGAGAAACCUUAGAGGGGGUGCAUUUUGUGUCUGCCCUAAACCCUCUAAAGGUUUUUCAAAAAAUAUUUCUUUCCUAAGAGUGUGAUAUAUAUCCAUACGACUGCAGCUGGCAAGUUAUCUACAGAAAGGACCUAUGGCGUGAUUGUGGUUUUUAAACCAGGUUAACUCCAGUUGAAUAAUGAUAAUCAUUCUUGUGUUUCGGUGAUAAUAGUCACUUACUCUGUCUAAUUCUCUACUCGUUGUCUAUAUGUAACAUACCUAAGACAAGCUAGUUUUUACACACUGUAUAAUUAUCUUAACUUGUCAUUUUUAUGAUUGUAUGGUUUGAAUGUAUCAAGGUUAAUAAGUAUUUAUAUUUAUAAUUUCGUUCACGUGGAAGUUGUGUUGAAUAGUUUACAACUUUACUUCUAUGAUGUAAAUUAAUGUGAAAUAAAUUAUUCUGAAUCAUGAGGAGAAUAUGUUAUGUGUUGAUCCCUGGCGGAUAUAGUACGUCGUUUUUGGUGCUUAAGGGGGAGAUGGGAAGUCGACUGUAGAAGCAAACAAGGAA